UUUUUUGCAGAGUUUCUCUUCUGGUUUCUGGGCAUCUCGUCCAUGAAGAAGCCCCGUCUGUAUCUAUAGAACAAUGAUUCUCAAUUGCCGAAUCAUGACUGCUGAUAAUCAUGCAAGGGUUGCUGAGGAAAGGGGUGCAGUAGAUAGACUCUCAAACCUUCCCAUAAAUGCCAUACAGAAUAUAAUAGGACACAUGCCCAUUCGAGAUGCAGCAAGAACGAGUAUUUUGUCGAGCAAAUGGAGAUAUAUUUGGGCUGAAUAUCCAGAGGUUGUUCUUGACGAGCAAUUCUACGCAGAGAUAAUGCGAAACAAUACACAGUACUUUUUCAUGAUCGAAUAUGUAAACAAAGUCAAUGGAAUACUUUUUCAACACCUUGGACCCAUUUUGAAAUUCGUUCUUGACAUUCCAGAAUUGUAUUCAACUCAAUACUCCAGGAUUGAUCAGUGGUUGCUAUUCGUGUCGAGAAAAGAUGUGACAAAACUCAUUCUUCAUAACAGAAGUCCUAAUCCUUACAAAGUACCUUGUUAUGCUUUCAGUUGUCCAAAACUUGCCCAUAUAAGCGUGACUAAAUGUAUUUUUAGCGCACCAAACUCAGAAGGCUUCUUCGGAAAGCUCAGUCACCUUGUUCUGGAAACAGUCACCUUUCAGUUCUCAGUCCUUAAUCUCCCUCAACUUGUUCAAUUAGAAUUACAAAACUGUUUUGGCAUCCAACUUUUAUGUGUAUCUGCUCCAUCACUACGAUUGUUGUAUCUUCUGGACAAUGAUGAUCUUGACUUGAGCUAUUAUAUCACCUGCAAAGACCUGGAAGAGGUGUGCAUUGGAUUAUCAGAUGGAGUUGAACAUGAUAAAUUGGAUAAGAACAUUACUUUGACAAAGCUUCUUGGCUGUUGGCCUGAACUCAAGUGUCUUUAUUUGAACGGAUCAUUUCUCAAGCAUCUGGCAGCAGGUGACAUUCCUCAGAGGCUUCCGAUUGAUCAAGUUAACUCCUUGAUAUAUCUGACCCCAUUUCGUAUUACCUAUCACUGUGCCGAGAUUGCUUGCAUUCUUUGCUUAUUGCAGAGUGCUUUGAACUUGUCUGAAUUGGAGAUUUGGGCGGAUGAGCAGAUCAUAUACGACGAGAAAACUGUCAGUUACUUGAAAGAACCAGAUCUGAUGAAACAAAGUUUUAAAGGACUCCAGACUGUGAUCAUGAAAAUGUUUGAAGGUUCGACAUCUGAACUGCUUCUUGUAAAGCUUCUGUUAUUCUGCUCCCCAUCACUUGAAAGAAUGUGUAUUGAAGAGAACCAAGACCUUGACCCUCUUGAAAGGUUGAACACAUCAAAGGAGUUGUUGCGGUUCUCACGAGCAUCGCCUAAAGUUGAAGUGAUUUUCAACCAGGGAAUUGAAACUUAGAAACUCUGUUUUCAAUUUGUCAAUGCUGGUUGACUGUAUGAAGCACACCUUCCUCUUUAUGGUGAUUAUCUCUGUGUUAUCUUCUUGUUUUUGCAUUGGGGAAAUUGGGAUUUUAGUUUCCUCUUGAUUUGUCAAUGUAUUGUCUUCUUGUUUUUCA